GCAGAGGUCCUAAUAGCUCUACUGAGAGAACUGAAUAAAUCUCAGGUGAAGGAAAACUUACUACCCCUUCAGGGACACCUAUGGCAUUGUUGGUGUAAAAAAGACAAAGAACUCUAUCAUCUAAGAGAAAAAGGGAAUCGAAGCAUUGAACAACACAAGAGUGAGAUUGAGACAGAAAAGCAAAGAAUAAGGAAUCAACAGUUGACCAGAGCCUUUCCUCUCAAUGAAUUAAUGCAUUCUGUCCUUGAAAUUCUCCAAAAUCAUUCAGAAACUCAAACCACACACUACUUUUUGCAAUGGCUGAGUGUGUUUUUGGACAACCUGACUGCAGGACACUUGGAACAACUGAAUGAAAAGAAAAUCAAUUUGUGGUCACUGAUACAAACAGAAAAGCAAAAGGCACCAAAGAGCACUGACCUCCAACGCUGGCAAAGAGAGAUAGAAGCUAUCUCCACAGAGAUUAGUGACUGUACAUUGGGAAUUGAGCAACUUCUCAGAGAGGUUGGCCAGAUCUAUGAAGCUCUGGAAGAAGCUUCCCCCACUAAAAAUACCCUUUAUCUCUCCCUUCCCCAGAUUGCUGCAGAUCUGAUGAUAUCUGGUGUUCCCAUUGAGCUGAUGGAUGGGGAUGCUUCAUAUGUGCCUCUGAAGUGGGUGGCAGCUCUUUUUGACAAGGUCUCUGAGAAACUUGGAAACAAACGGGUGUUUGUUCUUUCUAUCCUUGGCCUACAGAGCUCAGGGAAAUCCACUCUGCUGAAUGCACUUUUUGGGCUGCAGUUCAUGGUCAGUGCUGGGAGGUGUACCCGGGGGGCCUAC